GGCGGUGCAGGAGACGAGGCGUUAAGGAGGGCCGGCUCCGAGGUACGUGGAUCAGUACUCAGCUGGCAGUCGGACGGGUUACACAGCUGGACACUCCCGCAGCAUCAGCUGAUCCGAUAGGUCGCGGUUGUUCUCCAACAGAGACAGCAUGCACAACGCCGACCAGUACGAGGGCGCCAGCGAGCUGCAGCGCCGGGACGCGAGAGAGGCCCUCGACGAGCUCGUCCCCAAGAUGCAGUGGGUCCCCGGCGAGAGGGUGUGCGACCAGGGCUCCGGCGACGGCUGGGUCACCAACAGACUGCUGGCGACCAGACUCCCCAAAGACUACGCCCGGAUCGUUGGCAUGGACAAGUCCGGCGAGAUGGUGCGCUACGCGCUGCAGAACCACCAGUCCGACAAGAGGAUCACCUUCGUGGAGGGCGACGUCGCCUGCGGCAACCCGCUCUGGCACGGGGCGUUCACCAAAGUCUUGUCGUUCAACUGCUGGCACUGGGUCAAAGACCAAAGUGCGGCCGCGCGGACCACCUACGAGAUGCUGGCGCCCGGGGGCGAGUUGGGGCUCGUGUGCCUGGCGCGCAGCCCCAUCUACGAGCUGUUCCAAGGGAUGGCCCGCUGCUCCAAGUGGGCCUGCUUCAUGGAGGACGUGGACCAGUUCAUCUCGCCGUACCAGCACCUGGACCGUCCCGAGGAGGAGCUCACCAAGCACCUGGAGGCCGCGGGGCUGGAGGUUGUCUUCUGCCAAAAUCGCGAAAAGACCUACACCUUCAAGUCUGAGGAUGCCCUCCGAGAGUCCAUCGCAGCGGUGAACCCGUUCCUGAACAAAAUGCCCGAGAUGAUGCGCAACGAGUUCAUGGACGACUGCAUGAGAAUGGUAAAGAAACUCGAUCUGAUCCAAAAUCACAACAACAACAAGGACGACGGCGUCAGUCACAUCUACUCGCAGCUGGUAGUUCACGCAAGAAAACGAUGGCACUAAAACUGGGUCGCUCUUAAUGUGUUGUUUAUACUUUUAUUUUUGUUCAUUGUUGUUGUUUUUGUUGCUCUUUUCCAUGUUAUUAUGAAAUAUAUUUUUUUAAAGUAAA